CUUCAACCUAACGAUAAGAGGCUACUGUGUCAUCUUUGUUUUGACCUGGAAAUAAUAUACUAUUUAUUGGAAAUUAUAUUUUUCUUUCCACAAAUACUGGCUCUAACACUGCAUUCUGUUCUGGUAAACAGGCGGCCAAUUCCCUUCGAUGAUUUGAAAAGGCUUGGCAUCCCACCUCCACCAGAGGGAAGAUACAUGUCACGUUUUCAGGUUCCAUCAGCUCCUCGAAGAAAAAGCUCUGUGGAGAUUGAAGGACAAUAUUACAAGCACCACAAGCAUAGUAAACGGAGCUCUGUGGACAGGGAAGAUAGCUCUCAUAAGCAUCACAAACGUAGUGAACGGAGCUCCGAGGACAAGGAAGACCGCCCUAACAAGCAUCAUAAACAGAGUAGAAAUGCUCAUCAACCCGACCGAGGCUCCCAUAGCCGGCAUCGGUCAUCAGAUGAAAGGACAUCGGAUGAAAGGACUUCUGUUGAUAGGGAAGAACGCGCUCACAAGCGCCACAAAGAUAGCAAACAUUCUCUCCACCAUGAAAGAUGGUCACCAAACCAGGAUCCCUCAUCUAAUGAUGGGGUUUUAGCAAGUAAGCCUUGAUCAGAGGUAUUGUCUGUGUGUGUGUGUGUGUGUCUGUGUG